UACUAGGGCCAUUUAAAAAACACAGGGAAUACAGCAGAUUAAACUUUCAGACACAUAAUCGAGCGUUAUCAUCAAUAUAAAUGUAAAGUAAGUUAUUAUUUUCACAAAAUAGAGAUUCUUUACAUUUAUUUUGAAAGUCUUAAGCGGAAACUAUGACUGUCAUCAUCGCUAACUUGCUUGACGUUGCCUGGGAUGUUUUCACGAAAACAAAGCAAAGCAGGAGAGACGAAGAAUUAUAGUUUUCUAGAUAAUAAAGACGAAAAGUGACUUAGAUUUCGACCUGAAAGUACUUUUAAAUUGUCUUCAUUGUACGUUUCGAGCGGCUGUUGCCCCACCGGAUGAGAAAAUGGGCCGCAUCUUUCUGGAUCACAUCGGUGGGAGUCGCCUCUUCUCUUGUGCCAACUGUGACACUAUUCUGACCAACCGUGCUGAACUCAUCUCCACACGGUUCACAGGAGCAACUGGCAGAGCUUUUCUCUUUAAUAAGGUUGUGAAUCUGCAGCACAGCGAGGUGCAAGACAGAGUCAUGCUGACGGGAAGACACAUGGUGCGAGACGUCAGCUGCAAGAACUGCAACAGCAAGCUGGGCUGGAUGUACGAGUUUGCCACCGAGGAGAGUCAGCGCUACAAGGAAGGCCGGAUAAUCCUGGAGAGGGCGUUGGUGAGGGAGAGCGAAGGCUUCGAGCACGUUCCAUCUGACACUUCUUGAGUUCACCAUCACUAUCGCUGUGCUUAAAGUCAUGCAGCUUUUCCCGCCAGCAGUAGUACACCCCCUUGCAUGGACGGUGAUCAUUUUGUCAGUAGAGCUGCACCAGAUUAAAAUCCUGAGGUGGGUGUUUGUGGGAAAUUCAGAAUUAAGGAUGAACCAUGUUGCUUUUCUGCCCAUUUCAAAUUUCCUACAGUUUUACUGCAUGCCCAGUAGGCUGCACAGUUCUUCUGGUGUGGUAGGAGGUAAGCCGCUGCUAUCAGAUGAGGAGGUUUUUCUCUUAAUUUACAGUAUGAGGCUCAGACAGAGACAGAGCAUUAAGUUUAACAAUCGAAGCAGUUAAGAUCAUCAAUGCUUUUUGCUGUAGUUACCCUUGUUUAAAGGGUGAGUAACAAUUUCUUUUGAAACACAUUUUCUAACUCUUUUCAGUGUGAUGCUUUGUUUAUUUAUUCUGUUUAGAGAAACAGUUGUUAGUUUGAAACAGUUGUUAGUUUAUUAUUUUAACUUAUUGCAAUAAAAUGCAUUUGAGUAAAACAAAAAUAACAUGCUUUGCAUCUGUGAGUUUCCAGCAACCAAAAUGUUUUUAAAUUAAAUGCAUUUCGGUGCAUGUUUAGUGGCAAGAUCCAGUUUCAGUGAUUACAUUUCCUAUUUUUUAUUGAUUUAUUAAACCUUUUUUGACAAUAAUGUAACUUAAUUCCAGUUAUUCAAAGGGUAUCUGAUGGCAUGCUAUUUUAUUCCAGAAAAAAUAAAAACAAUUUAAACAGUC